UGCAAGCGAAAGCCAAGGAGCAAGGACGUACUGUACAAGGGCAAAGAUGCAACCGGUCGAGUCUCUCCUCCACAGUGGCUAUUUCCACCCAACACUCAGAUACUGGCAGACCUGUGCCUCAGACUUGAGACCUGAGAACCUCAUCUACCCCAUCUUCAUCACUGACAGUCCUGAUGCUGUGGAGCCCAUCGCUAGUCUACCUGGCCAGGCCAGAUAUGGAGUGAAUAAACUGGAGGGCAUGCUACGCCCCCUUGUGGAGAAGGGCUUGAAGUGUGUGCUGAUUUUUGGAGUGCCCGCAAAAAUAGCUAAGGAUGAGAGAGGUUCGGGUGCAGACACAGACAAUACUCCGGCUGUGUUGGCUGUGAAGAAGAUAAAGUCUCUUUUCCCUGACCUGCUGAUGGCCUGUGACGUCUGCCUCUGUCCCUACACCUCACAUGGACACUGUGGAAUCUUGCGGGAGGAUGGCACUCUGGACAAUAGUGCCAGUUGCCAACGUUUGGCAGAAGUGGCAUUGGCCUAUGCCCGCGCUGGCUGUCACAUCAUUGCACCCUCUGAUAUGAUGGAUGGGCGAGUGGGAGCUAUCAAACAUUCACUGAUGUCCAAUGACAUGGGCAACAAGGUGUCAGUGCUGAGUUACAGUGCCAAGUUUGCUUCCUGUUACUAUGGUCCCUUCAGAGAUGCAGCACAGUCCAAGCCAGCAUUUGGAGAUAGGCGCUGUUAUCAGCUGCCGUCCGGUGCAAGGGGCCUGGCACUACGAGCUGUGGACAGAGAUGUCAAGGAGGGAGCAGAUAUGCUGAUGGUGAAGCCAGGACUACCCUAUCUGGACAUAGUGAGGGAGGUCAAAGACAAGCACCCCACUCACCCACUGGCAGUGUAUAACGUGUCAGGGGAGUUUGCCAUGCUGUGGCAUGGGGCCCAGGCUGGAGCUUUUGACCUGCGCACCGCUGUACUGGAGUCUAUGACUGCCUUCCGCAGGGCAGGUGCUGACAUCAUCAUCACCUACUACACACCUCAACUGCUCACCUGGCUGAAAGAGUAACAGACAGAAGGAUGGACAUAGAGAUGGAUCAUGUGACAAACUCCUUUUUACCAAGCUAUGCAAGGCUGACCUACACUGACAAAUGGUGUCUAUUCAAACCAAACUGACAUGUGAGAACAGGCAAUCUAUCUUCAUACAUUCAUUUACAGUUUAUUUUUCUAUAUAACAUUGUUACGACAUUGUUUUUUUUUGCUUUGUGUGCAGCAACCACUAAUUGUCACCAGAGGUGGGAGUCUUGGAGCUAGUAGACACUUUUGUAAAGCUUAUCAAAUUCGCUUUGAAGGGUUUGUCUAAUGUUAGAUGAAAGAAUGGUAAUAUAAAAUAUGUUUUGU